AUGUCGUCCCUCACCGCCGCUCCCGUCCUCUCCACGCCUGACGAUGACCUGUUCGAAUUGCCCAUCGGGGCGGCGUCCCAAUCGACCCUCUCGGACGAUGCUCUGAAGACGACGUACGAAGUGGUGCGCACUGCCGCCGACAUCCGUGCUGGCGGCUGGAAGACUGUCGCGCUACAAUUCCCGGACCACAUGCUCGUCGAUGCCCCCCGGGUGGUCGAGGCUCUCGGUCAGGCCUUGGACGGCGGACGACGGAUUCACAUCCUCGCCGACACGAGCUACAGCGCGUGCUGCGUCGAUGAGGUCGCCGCCGAGCACGCCGAUGCCGACGUCGUCGUACAUUACGGGAGGACGUGUCUGAGCCCGACCAGCCGACUGCCGGUGAUAUAUGUGUACACGAGCCACGAACUGGAUCACGACGCCGUUGUCGUCCAGUUCAUGGCCGAGUUCGGCGACAAGGACACCCGAGCGGUCGUCAUGGCGGACCUGACGUAUCAGGACCACGUCGACGGCCUCGUCGAGCGGCUGCGCUCGCUAGGAUACGCCAACGUGCUGGCCACGGAGGUUUUCAGAAAUGCCGCCGCGCCGAUACCGAACCGCAGGAUAGUCGGGGCCGAGGCGACGGACCUGCAGGCGUACGCGCUCUUCCACGUCUCCUCCCCGCCGCCGUCCCUCUUGCUCGCCCUCCAAUGCCGCUUCGGCUCGCUUCACGUCCUCUCGACGACGGCAUCCCCCUCGCUCGACAACCCGACGACGCGGACGGCCGGCUUGCUGCGGCGGCGGUUUGCUCGCGUGCUCUCGCUCGCGUCGGCUGGCGUCGUGGGCAUCCUCGUCAACACGCUGUCGGUGUCCAACUACCUCUCCUCCGUCGACGCGCUACGGGCCAAGAUUGCGCGUGCAGGUAAGAAGAGCUACACGGUGGUGGUGGGCAAGCUGAACCCAGCCAAGCUGGCCAACUUUGCCGAGAUCGAAGGCUGGGUGGUGGUGGGCUGCUGGGAGAGCGGACUCAUCGAGGACGACGUCGGCUACUGGCGGCCCGUCGUGACCCCGUACGAGAUGGAGGUGGCCCUCAUGAGCGAAGAGGAACGCACGUGGGGGGGCGAGUGGUGGGGUGGCAUCGAGAAGAUGCGGAUGGGCGACUCCGGGCAAGAGGAUGACCGAGGGCGGCAGCUGCGGGAGCGGGAUGGAGAUGCAUCCGAAGAGACGGGGGGUGCGGCUCAGGUGGAUGGCGACGACGACGACGAUGGUGGUAUCGAUGGCCUCGAGUCCCUGCCACCGCAGUUCGACUUGCGGACCGGUCGGCUCGUCAGCCACAGUCGGCCGAUGCAGCAGCUCAGCAUGCGGUCAAGAAUGCAGGAAACGACGGCCAACGAGCAGGAGACUCUUGACGGCCAGUCCGGGGCCGUCGCACGGCGGGCCGCGCAGGAGGUGGCGACCAUCAACGGCGUCGUCAGCCCGGGAGCGGAAUAUCUGCGCUCGCAGCGAACGUGGCAGGGCUUGGGCAGCGACUUUGACGCCGGCGCAAGCACGCUCGUCGAGGAGGGACGCAGUGGCCUCGCGCGGGGCUACACAGUCGGCGACGGCGAUGACGGCGGGAGACAUUGA